AAGUCACUAACAACGCUGUCGCUGUCCGAUCGCUAUCAAAAGCAAAACGGGAGUUCUUCACGCGAACGGUGGGCACGCACUCCAUGUUAUAGAUUCCGAGUAGCAUAGAAGACUUUCCAUGUCGGCAUUGUGAAUGUAAAAGAUGAGUGACUAUUCAGCGGUAGCGCCGCCACCACAGCAGAAUUUCAACACAUCGUCGGCGUUUGCCGCCGCCCUCCAACGAGCGAAACAAAUAGCGGCAAAAAUCAACCCUACCGCGGGCGCGGGACAGAAGCGGCCUUUGGAAGAUGGGCAAGAAGAGGGAUUAAUUUUAGAGCCCGAUAGCAAGAAACUAGCAACUUCAAUGGUUGGAAAUGUUCCCAGACCAAUGGGACAGAGUAUGGGGCAGCCGGCCCUUGGGGGUGGACCUCAGAUUAAUGAAGACAUCAAGGUCCCUGAUAAAAUGGUUGGAUUGAUAAUAGGAAGGGGUGGCGAACAAAUAACGCGCUUACAGGUCGAGUCCGGCUGUAAGAUUCAGAUGGCACCCGACUCUGCUGGUCAGCCGGAACGCGUUUGCUCGUUGUCGGGCUCGCGUGAGGCUAUCACCAGAGCAAAGGAGCUCAUCAUGAAUAUCGUGCACCAGCGCGGACGUUCCGAAGGCAUCGCCGGGCUCGAUCUUGGACCCGGACUUGGACAGGGUGCAAAUGGCAAUGCGGGGCGUAACUUUGUGGAAAUAAUGGUUCCCGGCCCGAAAGUCGGAUUGAUAAUCGGCAAGGGCGGGGAAACAAUAAAACAAUUACAGGAACGUUCCGGUGCCAAAAUGGUUGUCAUUCAAGAUGGUCCCAAUCAAGAACAGGAAAAACCUCUACGCAUUAGCGGCGAUCCCGCGAAAGUAGAAUACGCAAAACAAUUGGUUUACGAUCUGAUUGCUGAAAAAGAAAUGCAGGCUUUCAAUCGAGGAGGAAGUGGCGGUGGAGGUCAGGGCGGAGGAGGUGGUCGCGAUCGUGGUGAUCGCGGAGGUCAAGGUUUCCAAGGUGGCAACGACUAUGGUAAUGGUGGCGGCGGUGGCGGAGGAGGCGGCAAUGAAGUAGAAGUACUAGUUCCACGGGCAGCUGUCGGUGUUGUUAUCGGCAAGGGAGGAGAUAUGAUAAAGAAAAUCCAAGCUGAAACCGGCGCAAGAGUGCAAUUCCAACAAGCCAGAGACGAGGGACCCGGCGAGAGGCGGUGUUACCUCUCUGGCAAACCACAGAAUGUCGAACAAGCUCGUCAAAGAAUAGAGGAGCUUAUCGAUAGUGUAAUUCGACGUGAUGGCGACGGAAACGGCGGUGGCCGAAACGGUGGCGGCAACCGAGGCAACAGAGACAGGUUUGACGGACGGGGAAAUGGCCGGAAUGGUGGAAAUGAUUAUCAGGGUUGGGAUGAUCGGCGGCAGUCCGCUGAGGUAACGUUCACAGUGCCUGCUUCCAAAUGUGGCGUUAUUAUUGGCCGAGGUGGCGACACGAUAAAGCAGAUUAACAUGAAUUCGGGUGCGCAUUGCGAGCUUGAUCGGCGCUCACCAGCACAUCCAAAUGGUGACAAAACUUUUAUUAUUCGUGGCGAGCCGGAGCAAAUUGAGGCGGCGAAGCGUAUUAUUAGCGAUAAGGUUCAACUACCCAUCAAUUUUGUUGCGGCGGGUGGUAAUGUCUCCAAUGCUCUCCCUACUGGUUACAAUCCCCAGGGUUGGGGUGUGCCAGGCUUCCAGCAGCAGUGGAACGGUCCACAACAAGCCGGUAACGGUGCCGAUGGAGGACAGCAAGCUGGUGUACCUGGCGGCAGUGUACAAAUGCCAGGAGGUACGGGUCAACCCGAUUAUUCACUGCAAUGGGCUGAGUACUACCGAUCACUGGGCAUGCAUCGAGAAGCAGAGAUGAUAGAACAACAGUCAAAAACCAAAGGUCCCACACCUACCAGUGCGCCAACGCCAAGUUUAGCGAACGCUGCGAAUCCCACGCACUCAGCAACUGCACAAGCAGCAGCGGCCGCUGCUGCCGCAGGAGGUGCGCAACCUGCAGCGAAUGGUCAACCAGAUUACAGCGCUCAGUGGGCGGAUUAUUAUCGUAGCUUGGGCAAACAUAAAGAAGCUGAAGCGAUUGAAGCGCAGAUGAAAAACAAAAGUUCUGCACCGCCAGCUGGUACCCAACCAAACCUGCAAUCUUCGCAGGCAUCGAUGACGACAGCUUACCAGCAGUCGUACGGUGCAUACCAAGGACAAACAGGUUAUUAUGGUGCGCAAGCUGGACAGACAGCAUCCGUUCCACAGGGCGCUGCCGGUCAAUAUAACUUUGGUUACGGUUAUGGCGGUGCCCCCGGCACGCAGGGGCAAGCCCCACCGCAGACGCAGCAGCCGUCCUCCGACUGAAUGAUCUCAACAACGCGCCCCCAGUCGGCAUCGACACACAAAACGUGAGUACCCCAUCACACACCGCCCUUUCGUGGCUUAACUGUACUUUUAUAUACGUGUAUUUGCGUUCGGAUUGUCCUCUCUUCGAUUUUGUUUAUAUUUUUAUAAUCGACUACGUCCUUAACGCUUAUCAUACAUUACAAUUAUGUUUUUACGAUUGGUUCGGGCGACGAACGAUCCAUUGAGGGUCGUCAACUCGUAUUUCGAAUUUUCUUUUAUAUCUGAGAUAAAUGAUUACACACUAAGAUAAAAUUUUCUAAUCGAAUAUCGCACCACCACAACCUUGUCGCCAUUUUGUAUAUUAUAUAUAUCUGUGUUUUUGUACAUUCACGCAUUUACAUAUUGACUUGAAAGUGCAAAACUAAUUAUUUGGUGAUUACUUGCUGCACGUGAUUUAUUGACAUGACUUUGAAUUGAUUUGUUGAUUUAUUAAUCGAUGUUUGUAUUGACAUUGUGUUUGAUUUGUGUGCUAUUAUGCUCUUUCUCUCUCCUUGUCGAUUCAUUAUUUGGAGUUAGGUAUUACAGACAGGGCAGAGAGGGCAGGCGAGACUUGGCAGCAACCUGCGCGUAGGCGACCGUAGUUUUAUUUCUUUCAUAUACAAUAUACCUAAUUGGCUACACGAUUUAUUCGCUUACCUUUGUUUGCUCUUAACACUUUUAUUCUUAAUGUAAUCACUUAAUGUUUUUCAUGUACUUAUAAUACUAUCUUUGAUUCAUUGUAAUGCUGGAGCAGAGUAAGUUACACAUAGUUUUGGAGUAGAUACAACAAGGGGAUGCUUAGUGAGUUAUUUAUUAUUGCAAUAUGUGCAGUCAGAAGAAUGGAUUUUGUUUUAAGGCUUUGUAUUGUUAGAUAUCAAAAUACGUUCUUCAGACGCCUAUUGCAAUAUAAAAUCUAUUCGAAAUUAAUUGCAUCCCUUUGUUUCUUCCAAUAACUUGGAUAACUUGGGGUUAUUUGGAGAAAAUGCUCAUUUGUUACAUGUAUUUUGAAUUUGUUGAUAGUAUUGUUAGUGAAUUUACAGGCAAAAACAAAAUCUGGGUCCGAUGCAUAUAGCGACCGCUUCCAAUCUUGUGUUUUCUUGUGCAAUUUACAGAUAAAUCCUAUGAAUAUCGCCGCCGCCACUUGAAUUUGCCAUUUUAUGUCUCGGUCAUCAAUUGCCAAGGACGGCGUGCUUGACUAAUUUUCGCAAAUUACGGUUGUUAAACAAAAAAAAAAUAAGACGAACCUAUGAUGAACCAUGCUGAUGAUGAUGCAGACGAUGAACAUUACCAUAACAUGUGCAUAAUGUGUAUCCCUUUGAUGAAAACGUUAUUGGUGUUUGAUACUGAUGCUAUUGAAGGUUGAACAUUCACAUUGAACAUGUUUGAUUGCGAUUUGUUGGGUUGGUUGUUGCCGAAAGCGUAGAAUUUAGGUGCGUCGGAUGCGGCGCUGAAGAAAUCAUCUCGAAGACAGCCGAAGAUAUUCACCAGCCGCUUAAAGUUACAAAUCAUUCUAUGAACUCUUUAAUCGAAAAGUAUUAAGCGUAUUAAGUGCUCUAUUCGGCGACGCGCGCAAGAGGAAUGUGCGAAAUUAUAUAUUUGCGAUUGUUUGUUUAUUAAGUAUAAUCGAUUUCUUUCGUUGAAUAUGUUUCUCUUUCAUCGUACAUUCGGUAUAAGUUAAGUAAUGGUUUAAUCCAUGCGACUUUACUUAUUCCGACGUAUAUUUGCUUUUGUAAUGGCUUAAUACGUAUACUUUUUGUUCACUUUUAUAAAAUAUUAAUUUAACUUUCUCACGUACCGCUUAAUUAUGAAAGAAUUAAAGAAUUUAAACUUCAAUGACGAGAAAGUAAUGGUAUAAUAUAUUAGAUAUAGGAAUGAUGAAAGACGUUAAGCUACAUACUAAGAACUUGAAUAAUUGAUUGUACAUAGAAUAUUUUGAAGUAUGCAUAGCAGAUUGGAGAGUUGACGAAUUUGAAAAUAAAACGAAACGUUGAAAAUGUCUUCUACAAAACAAAAUUUAAGAAUAAAAUUACUGAAUAUUCAAACUUAAUGCACGAUUAAGAGAAUAAAUAAUUAUAUAGCUUCCAGAUUACAUUUAAAUACGUUUACGACGAAUUAAAGAAAGCUUAGAUAGUAGUUAGUUACAACAUAUUUAGCGUAAGAAUAAGUACAUAAUUGAAAAGAUAAGUUUUAAAUUUACUGGCCAUACUGGACACAACUCAUGAACAUCAACACGACUAACAACACAAAUGUAGCAUUAUAAGCGAUGACAUGAUUAUAGAAACAUAAAUGGUUCACACACGUUUGUAGGUUUUCCUUGGCGAAAGAAAUAAUUUCGAUCAUAUGUAUUCAAUUCAUUAAUCAUUAUUUUAUAUUAUAUAUAUGCUCAUGUAUUUUCUAUUUUCGUACGUUGCAACAAAUUGUGCAUUGAUUUUUGCAGGUGGCAACCCACUAUUCACAAAUUUGUGUAGCUCAAAACUUGCGUCAAAUUUCAUAAACUGUGUAUGUAUAGCAAUGUGUUGCAGGAUUGCGCAUGCAGAUUGUACAUUUUUAGGCAUCGUGGAUGGACUGACCUAUGAGGAACGCAUUUUGUUUUUAUCAAAUGAAAAAUGAAUCUCGUGUUGGCCACGCAUAUAUAUCUAUUAACAUAUUAACGUCUUUUACUAUAAUAUUCGUAAUAUUUUUGUUUCUUUGCCACGCAACGUCGUUAUUUUCCUAUGUUCUCUGAUAUAACUUGACGAUUUGUAUUAACCAUGAGACCGAAGACAUUUUUGAACACACACACAUAAACAUGAUUAUUCAUAUUCUAUCUAUACUCGAUAGCGAAUAAUAUUUAAUAAGUAUGCUCUUAUAUUAUGAUUAUGAUAUGAUUACGAUUAAACAUUAAUACCAU